AAUAACCACAUCAAUAACAAAGAUGCAGCCAAGGGAAACCGGGCCAUUUUAAUAACUCGUUGGCAGUGAAGCGUCGAGCAACACAUCACAGCCCUAUGUUGUCAAUGAUAAAUCGGAGCAACACCUGUCAUUUGUUAUGGCAUCCACAGACAGUAAAAAUGAGCGCAGGAGACGGACAGAACUUCUCCAGUUCUAUGGUGCUGGAGGGAAAGAGGACACUCCAUAUGAUAUCAACUCAAAGCACUUUAAUCAUGACAUGUACGUCCAGAAGACCAUUAAGGAGAGCAGUUUGAAGCAACUCCUGGAACAUGAGAGUUCAUUAGUGUCAGAGAUUCAGUCUCUGGACUCUGAUUGCCAAACCCUUGUUUAUGACCACUAUGACAAAUUCAUUGCUGCUGCUGACAUUGUCCGCAAGAUGAAGGAGGGCUCAGUGAAGAUGGAGGCUCAGAUCAGCCGCCUUCAGGAGAACAUGGCACGCAUCAUUGCCUCCUCAACCUCAGUCACAUCAGCUCUCCAGGAACGUCGUGGCCACCUGAGUCGUCUUCUGGGUGUCCAUGGCACCUUAAGGAAGUUGGAGUUCCUCUUUCACCUGCCACAGAAGAUUGACGAAUGCAUUGCUGAGAAGAACUUUGCUGAGGGUGUGGCCAGCUAUGUGGAAACAGCAGAAGUGGUUCAUCGUUACUGCCAUCUUCCAUCCUUCAGUGCAAUCCACGAGGACUGUGAAGCAGCUGUUGGCCGUCUUAACCAGGCUUUGAAAGAGCAGUUGGCACUCAAAGAGGUGAGUGCACGUCACCUGACAGAGUGUGUUGACCUGCUGCUGCAAUUAGGAGAACCAGCAGAAGGACUCUGUGAUGACUUUCUGGCCCAUGCACGGACCAAGCUUGAGAAUGACCUCUCCAACUUAACCAAGCUAGCAGAGACAGCUGGAGGCCUGGGGAAUGAGGAAGAGGAGGGCACUGAGCAAGGGGCAAGUGAGGAGACCACCAAGGCAGAGGAGAUAAAGGAGGGUCUUGGACGGGAGGAAACAGGAGAUGACAGCAUUCGGGAUGGGGCAAAUCUGGAUAUCUUGGAGUUUGUGGAUGUCUGCCAUGAGACUUUUGUAGGGAACCUAUGGCUUGUGAUCUCAUCUUAUAAGGAGAUGUUCUUGCGCUCGCCAGAAGAAGGAGGAAGUGGAUCAUCAAAUGUGGCAAUGGAGAAACUGCGGGUAUUUGUGGCUGACUUGGUUGAACAAUACGUAGCAGUGGUGGGAGUGAGAGUGGCCAGUGAGCCAGAUGUAGGCCACUAUGGGCAGCUCACCACAGCUCUCGACAAGUUCCAUCGGCGUCUCCAUGCCAUCACACAGCUGCUCCCCAACACAGAUUUUGGGAAUGUAGCUCUAAGCCUGGUCCUGGAAGCAGGUUCAGCCAGGUGCCAGUCAUCUCUGUCAAUGCUGAAGUCAGGCUUAGCAUCCAGCCUGGGAGACAUUCGGCAUGCCCUUGUCGCCCCCAGGCACCCCACACAGGAUGGGACAGAGUCCACACACCGACAGCUCAAUGAGCACCUUACACGCCUUGUGGCUUCCACAGCAGCCUCCAUCAAGGAUAAAGUCACUGCUCUGCAGGCCUUUACACAACCCAAGCAUACUUUUGCCGUCAAGGCUGAGUUCCGCCGCAAAUUCUGCCGUGACCUGGUGAGAGAAGGUGUUGUAGUGGCCUUCUUUUUGCACAUCACUGACACACUACUACAGUUCUGUCACAAGAAGGACAAGGACCCUGUCCUGCUGCUUGUGCUGUCAAGGAUGUGCCUCGACCUCCACACAUCCACUGUGCAUUAUCUGCUGAGCCACUGUGAUGAACAGCUACAAUUGGAGGAAAAGACAGGUCUGACACCUCUGCAUUCCAUCACAGACGGCAUGCGGGAGGCUGGCCAGAGGCUACUAAACCAUUAUGUCCACACUCAGGGAUCAUCCAUCAGCCAGAUGUUGCGUCGCAGUGUGGAGCUCAAGGAUUGGCUUGGAUGUGGGGAGCCUCGCAGUGUGCGUAGGGUCAUGAGGACUGUCUUGGAGGAAAUAUCAACCAUGGACACACAGGUUGGAGCCCUUUAUGAAGAAGGAAAUCGUCGUGACAGAUCAUCAGAUUCCUCCAGACGUACUUUUCACAGUGUAAGUGCAUCAAGAGGGGGUGGUGGAGGACGAUCAGGUUGGUCAACUUAUACCCCAAGCCAGCUUGACAACAGCCUAGUGGCCAAUCUCAACAAACUUUGGUCUGAGAGGAUUGAGAUCUUUGCACCAGUGGAAUUUACGAGAGUCUCCAUCCUCACUGGGAUUGUUAAAAUUAGUCUGAAGACUUUACUUGAGAGUGUGCGCCUUAGGACCUUCAGCCGGUUUGGUCUGCAGCAAGUACAGGUUGAUGCUCACUACCUGCGCACAUAUUUGUGGUCCUAUGUGGCUGAUGAGCACGUCUUGAAUGUCUUGCUGGACGAGGUAGUGACAUCAGCCAGUGUGCGAUGCUGUGACCCAGAGCUGAUGGAACAGAGAGUCGUGGAGUUUAUAUGUGAGCAGAACUAAUAAAGGAGCUGGAUGUAGAUUUUCAUUUUAUGCAGGAAAUCUUAGUGUGACAGUUGUAUUUAUCAAUUAUAUUGAUUUUAGGGUGAAAGGAUGUGUCAGUGUUUGUGUGUGAGAUGUAAUAUGUAUAAAUUUUUUUAUAUAUAUAUAUAUACAUGUGCACAUAUGUAUAUAUCCAAACAGAUAAGCAUGUGCACAUGCACAUAGAUAUACAGUUAAUUACAUAUGUGCAUAUACUGUACGCACAUAUACCUACACAUGUGUCCAAUCAAAUGCAGUGGAAAGCAUAAAACAAACAAAAAAUGAAUCAAGAAAAUUUAUAGCUAAUACCUUUUUUUUUUUUCCUUUUUCCUCUUUUUUUUUAAGUAAGAAAAGUUUUGCUAAUAUUACAUAGCAUAUUAAAUAUUUAUGGUUAAAUUUAUUUUAAAUGAACUGUAUGAAAAUUUUAUUUCCUUAUCUGCCUGAAAGAUAAUAGAUUUGUUUUAUCCUAAUAUGUUUACAAGAUAUAUAAAUUUGUGUGAUUGAUGUAUGAUUCUUGAAUUGUUUAGAACCUUUUUAAAUUAUUUAUUUUAGUAGUGAUACAUUCUUCAUAUACCUAAUAAAUUUAUAUAUCAACAAAGCA